CUGCAGCUGGUCUGAAGAGUCCCCUUGAAUCACGUGUUUGACAAGCCAAAAAGGAGUCCGCAAGUGCCGCAAGUAACGCAAGUAACGCAUGCCAUGUGUGGCAGACUUAAAAUUGCCGUCGCCGCAAAAAAGUAGGCCGGGAAAUUCGUGGAAAACCGCAACGGUAAAAGACAAAACUGAGAUUGAUCCUGAAACAACGAAAAAGGAUUCUAAAUCUUUUCACAAGCUGCCGGAACCAAACGCCCUUCGGGCAAUCAACCGUAGAGAGCACAGAAAUCCGCGGACGCAAUCCGAGUGUCUCGAAAGGAAAGGGCCCCUGUUAUUAAUAUUACGGAUAACAUUUUUAGCAACCCAAGAGAAGAGAAAGGAUUGGCCCAUCUCACAGCCGGAAUAUCCGUAUCCGUGUGCACAACUCGGUCUGUGGUCGGGAUCUAGAUGACUUUCGAUGUGGAAAAGUACAAAACCUUUUACGAGUGCGACGAGCACUGGGAGUUGAAGCGCUCCUUUAUGGAAGCCCACAAGGAGCGGUUCCCGGAGGAGGAGGUCGUCUGUCUGGCGCAGGUCUUCACCAACAUCGAACUGUUGGGGUGCCGAUAUCCGCCGGAGACGAUGCGCCUGGUUGCAGAACUGUCGAAGGAGCUCGUCACAAAGUAUCGCGAAUCCCGAACUACGAAACUGAAGCGCACGUUUGUUGCCGCUUCCGAUGCGGCGGCGGCCCGAUAUGCGCCUAAAAAGUAGAAACAACUCUCUAGAUUAUUAUUACUUAAGUUUCCGGAACAGGACGAGAAUACCACUUCAGCGAUCAGUGCCUACUGUUUUUUUUUACCCUAACGUGGUAUGCAUACCUCUAUGGACUACACUGACGAUUGUAUGAAAAAAAAAUAUAUUCAUAUUCCAGACUUAACUAC